CAAAGCUUAUAUAUACACUACAUCAUCGAUGAAUACAUCGCAGUAUAUGGACAAGCAGAUCAUGGAUCUAACAAAUUCACCGAGCAACAAUGACUUCAUCAACCUCAUGAACCCUCACGAGGACAUUAGCGGCAGUACAAAAGGGGAAAGUAUUGUUCCGGGUUACGAAUUCCAUCCGAUUCGCCCAACUGGAUCAUCGCCGCCGAAAUCUAAUGUUGAUUCGGGUCAUAUUACUGGAGUUAGGGCUUGGAAUUCUGCUGAAUUUAAAAGCAACACUGCUAGCAUCAGAAAUUAUGGUUCUCUUGACUCGCUUGCACCGGCCAAACUCGUUGUGGAUAAAGAUCUGAGCACUGUUGAUUCAUCUUUGUUAUUUGAAAUUGAUCAUACAGUGAAGAAGUACGCUGAUAGUCUUCUACAUGCAAUAGAGAGCGUUAGUGCUCGACUAUCACAGGUAGAAACUCAAAGUCGCCAGAUUGAAACUUCUCUUGAUGACCUUAAGCUUUCUGUUGAUAACAACCACGGGAGCACUGAAGGAAAACUGAGACUGGUGGAAAAUAUUUUCAGAGAGGUGCAAGAUGGUGUACAGGUCAUAAAGAAUAAGCAGGAUAUAAUGGAUACUCAACUACAGCUUGCAAGAUUUCUAGUUCCAAAGCUUGAGCAGGAAGUAGACACCCACAAUACUACACACGUGGACUCAGCACAACCAAGGUCAUCUGCUCCUGUUCUGUCUCACCAACAAUUUCCCCCUGUUGUUGCGCUUGCUCAACCGCCUUUCACUCUUCCUCCACCUAAUGCUCCUCCACCCCCUCCGCAACAGAAUACACUAUCUCAAGUUCAGCUUCAGAACCAGUUGGCCCAGAACCCAAUUCCUUCUAGCACUCAAAAAGAAACUUAUUUCCCACCGAUUGGUCAAGCACUAGGAAACUCUUGUCAGCAGUACCAGCUGCCGGCACCGCAUCAGCCACAGACCUCUAUCCCACCACCUCCACAUCAAGGGUAUCAGCCUUUGCCUUCACCACUGUACUCGCAGCCACCUCCACCUCUUCAAGGGCAUCCGCCUUAUACAUCUGUUAAUCGCUCACAACCUCAACCUCCAUUGAGCCAUCAUCCUGAGGAGAGACAUCGUAUAGAAUCGCAGAAUUAUCCACUACCAAAUACCAGUCAACCUCCCCCUAAUCCAUCAAGUGGAGCCCCUGCGUCCCAGCAGUUUUACGCAGCUCCCUCUAAUAUGUUUGAGCUCGCAUCUGGCAGACAGGUUUCUGGAUUUUCUGGUGCUCAUGGUCCAUCCACUGGCCCGGGUGAAUCUUAUCCUUAUAGCGGUUCCCCUGUCCAGUAUGGCAGUGACUCCCCUUUUAAAUCGCAGCAACUUGCUUCGGCCGCAAUGGGCCAGAGUGGUGGAAGUGGUUAUCCACACCUCCCCACAGCAAGAAUAUUACCUCAAGCACUACAUACCGCUUCUACAGUUGGUAGUGGGUCUAGUUCUCCUCGUACUGGAACUAGAGUUCCUAUUGAUGAUGUAGUUGAUAAAGUGACAAAUAUGGGAUUUUCAAGAGACCAAGUAAGAGCAACAGUGCGGAGAUUGACAGAGAAUGGACAGUCAGUUGAUUUGAAUGUGGUGUUGGACAAGUUGAUGAACAAUGGGGAAAGCCAGCCGCCACAAGGCUGGUAUGGUAGAUAACAUGUUUUCCUCUUAUUCAUGUUUCUGUACAGAAGUAGUUUGAGUUAUAUAGACCAGAUUUGGAAAUAAAGAAAAUCAUACGAAAUUUUGAAAAAAAAAGAAAAUAUUUGUUUGGAUUUAAGCGAUUCUGUUGUGUCAUAAAACUUCAUUCUUGUGCUUACACAGUGUUUGUUGUUCAUUAAUGUGACAUUUCGGUUCCCUUCUUUGUG